UAUUUCUGCACCGAUCCCGGUUGCGGUCGGUGGAUCGUGUUCCUUAAUCAAGAAAGAGCGCCUGUUUGAACAGCGAACAAUGCGUGUCUUCAUGCUUGUGACUCCAGUGGACUGGUUAAAUAAGCUCGGCUGAAGGUGUGUCUUCUUUCAAUUACUCUCUCUCUCCCGCCAUGGAUGCUAUCCAGUGUUAUGCCUUGCAAGACGCUCAGGGUCACCCCCUCAUCACCGCAGGCAUGACCCUCAGGGAUGCCCAACUAUUUUCCCCGACAUCGUCGACGCGGGCCCUCACCCAGGAGAAUAUGCAGGACGUCUUCCCCACCCGACCCUGCGGUGUCGUCCUCGCUUUUGGGCGUCUUGUCAGUCAUACCUCCGACUUGAUACCUGUCCUUGAAGGCCUCUUGGGCGACUACCUCCCCAUUGAGCUCCAGGUCAUCGCCUUCGAGGGUGUCUUCAACUCCUUGUUACGGGACUUCCUUCUGCUCUGUCUAUCCCGAAAGACGCCGAGGGACCUCAAGGUUCACAUCGUACAAACCACCGGCGAUACGUGGACGCUAUCCAAUCAACCCGACAUCACAUACUCAUUCGGUUUUGGUGUCUGCCCGUCGUACUCCCCGAACAGUAUCAGUUCAGUGACCGUGUCCAGUAGGGGAUUCGAUGGACCCGUAAUUCGUUCCCUUGGUUUCUUACCCAACCUCACGGUGCUGAGAAUCAUAUCUGAAAGCGCUGUUGCUGCGAAACUUCCUCCUCCAUCUACCUGCCUCUUCCCGAGCCUUCUUAAACUCGAGUUUUAUGGGAGCAUACCGGAUGCCUGCACCGCCCUGAUGGCCUGCGUCAGCGCUUCAAAUAGUGUUCAAGAGUUCCAAAUCCAGGCAGCUUCUCUGAGCGGCCCGCAGGACAUGAGGUUUCUCCGCGAAACUGUUCAUGCUUCCUGUCCAGUGUUAAGGACCCUCAAGGUUACCAUCCGCGACUGCCAUUCCGCCGAGGAAAAUUGGAUGAACAUGGCCGACUUCGUCCCAUGUCCAUUUUCGUUGACGUCGUUGACGGUGCUGCACCCGACCGUGUCUUUCUCUCUGGCUAAUGGGUUUUUGGUCGAGGACUGAGUAAAAGCUGUGAUGGAUUCUUCUGCCUCCGGUUAUGAUUCUUAAAAAUCUUUUCGGGUUCUC